AGUGACGUGCUGUGUUUUGCUCAUCGAAUCGAAUGUGGUGCCGGGGUUUUUUCGUGCACUACCAUUGUGCCAAGUUAUUCAGUUCGCUAUUGUAGAAUCAUGUAAUAAAAAAAAAGAAAGGAAAAAGCGUAUAGGAAAUGAAAAAGAAAGAGUAAGAGCUGGGAGAAACUAGUGCUUCGCAGUGUGUCAUCGAAUAUAGUGUCGACAGUGCUCUCUCUCUCUCUCUCUUGCUGCGAGAAGGAAGAGAAAAAAAGGAGGGUAGAGAAAAAAAACACAACGCAACCGGGGAGCGCACGCUGCAACGAAGCCACAGAUUUCAGCCGCAUUCGUGUGUUUUACUACCUCGCAUACAUACGUACUAUCACGCACAGAAGCGGCAGAGGCGGCAUCAGCACGUAGUGCACCAACAAAAGCUGCUCGAAUGUAGAGAAACAACUUCUCGUCGCGGAAUAUAUUUCACAUAUCUCUUCCUCUGGCUGGCUGAAUCGAUAUUUCGAAUUGAAGCCAGCGCUGCGCCCGUUGGAAACUGCGCGAGGAUGCUCGAAGAGCGUCUCGGGUCCAAGCGAUAAUGUGGACGACGACUGGGCCACGCGCUAAGCACAAGCAGAGCCUCGUACUCGUCUUAAUAAUUCACUGGCUACAGGCGACUGCUGCCUCGGUCGUCUACCAUCCCAGGCAGCAGCAGCAGCAGCAGCAGCAGCAGCAACAACAGCAGCAGCAACAGCAGCAGUGUCCACCGGCCAACGUCAUGCCAGGCUGCCCGUGCUACAGCUUCGUCGACGGCCUCUUUCUCGAGUGCACGAGCACGAGCGAGGAGGCACUCAAGACGGCUCUCGCGCGCGUUCUCGACCAGUCUAAGCCCUCCGAAGCCGUAAUCCAAUCGCUGACGGUGUACGAGCUCGAUCGCAAAGUCGAGGAGCUGCGCGCCAACGUGUUCCCGCGCGGCCUGAUCGUCCGCCAAUUGCAGAUCGCCCACUCGGGCAUCCGCGAGCUGACCGAGGGCGCCCUGCUCAAGUUCAGCACGAGCCUCGAGCUGCUGGGCCUGAGCUCGGCUCGGUUGGCCGCGGUGCCCCAGAAGGCCCUCACGGCCCUGGUGCGGCUGCGCGAGCUCGACCUCGAGGCCAACUUCAUCCAGGAGCUGUCGAGCUUCGCCUUCUACGGCCUCAACCUCGUCAAGCUCAACUUCAAGAGCAACCAGAUCAGCAAGAUCAGCGAGUACGCGUUCGCCGGGCUGGAGGACACGCUGCGCGAGCUCAAUCUCGCCGAGAACAAGAUACGCACGUUUCCCAUGACGGCCCUGCGCCGCCUCAACAGAUUGGCCGAGCUCAAGCUCGCCUGGAACGAAGUUUCCCAAUUACCCGAGGACGGCUACUCGCUCCUCGACGGUCUGCAGCUACUCGACCUCAGCAGCAACAAUUUCCUCGUAUUGCCACUCAACUGCUUCCGCUGCUGCCCGGCCCUACAGACUCUAUCGCUCUACUACAACGCCAUCGAAAAACUCGACAAGGACGCCUUCAUAUCUCUCAGCGAGCUCGAGAGCAUCGAUCUUAGCCAUAACCGCAUUAUCUAUCUGGACCCGGCAACUUUUCGGGCGAAUCAGCGGCUGCGCUCGAUCGAUCUCAGCCACAAUCACGUGCACCACAUUGGCUUCGUGUUCGCCCGGCUGCCGGAGCUGCGCGAGCUCUUCCUCGCCGAGAACAACAUCCUCGAGAUCCCGGCCGACGCCUUCGUCGGCAGCGUCAGCCUCGAGCUCAUACAGCUCCAGCAGAACGCGAUAGCUCGGCUGGACGUGAGAGGCCUGCAGGGCCUGCAGAGGCUAAGCCAGCUGCACCUUAGCGACAAUUUCAUCGAGGUGGUGCCGCGCAACUUUUUUCAGCAUUCCAGUAAUUUAUCCAUACUCUCGCUGGACAACAAUUACAUAAGAGACUUGGAGUUGGGUACCUUUGCCAAACUCAAAUUAUUGAGAGAACUUCGACUGCAAGAUAAUCAGAUCACCGAGAUCAGGAGAGGCGUUUUUUCUCCACUACCUUCGCUACAGGAAUUGCAUCUUCAGAACAACGCCAUAACGGACAUGGAAACGGGAGCUCUGAAGUCGUUGCACAGUCUGCAGCAGGUGAACCUGCAAGGCAACCUACUGGCCGUGCUGGGCGACGUCUUCCAGUUGGCCAACGACGCCUCGUCGAGUAGCGGUAGCAGCAACGGUGGCAGCGUCAGCUCCCUCGUGUCCAUCCAGCUGGACAGCAACGGACUGGGCGUGCUGCACAACGACUCGCUGAAGGGCCAGGCGUCGAUCCGCACCGUGUGGCUGGGUCACAACAAAUUAACGAGGCUGCAGGCACCCUUGUUCCGGGACCUACUGCUCGUCGAGCGGCUCUACCUGACCAAUAACUCGAUUCUGCGAAUCGAGGACACGGCCUUCCAGACGAUGCAGGCGCUAAAACUGCUGGAUCUCAGUUUCAAUCGUCUCAUGCACAUAACCGUGAAGAUAUUUUCGGAAUUGCACGAGCUCGAGGAGCUCUACCUGCAGGACAACGGCUUGGUGCGGAUCGACGCCUACGCCCUGACCGCCCUCAAGCGGCUGCGCAUCCUCGAUCUGUCCAACAAUCGACUGACGGCCCUCCACGACAACAUGUUCCAGGAGGGUCUGCCCAUCCGCAGCCUCAAUCUGCGCAACUGCUCCAUCAGCAUAAUCGAUCGGGGCACCUUCCGGGGCCUCAACAACCUCUACGAGCUGAACCUCGAGCAGAACCGGCUGACCGCGGCGGCCCUCGUCAGGCUCGACAUUCCGGGCUUGCGUCAGCUCAAGCUGUCCCACAACAAUCUGAGCCUCAUCAGCAGCGAGUCGCUGGACGGCCUGCCCUCGCUGCAGCAGCUCUCCAUGGAGUCGUGCCAGCUGUACCGGCUGCCCGGCGACCUGUUCUCGCGGACCAAGAACCUGGCGCGCCUCUUCCUCGGCCACAAUCAGCUGCACCAGCUGAGCGAGCGUCUGUUCCACGAGCUCGACUCGCUGCGGGAGCUGCGCCUCGACGCCAAUCGCUUCCUCGACCUGCCUUACGACGCCCUCGGCAACGUCUCGUCCGUGGAGAUACUGUCGCUGGCGCGUAACUCGCUGCACGACAGCGACGCCUCGCGGCUGCACGGCCUGCUGAGCCUGAGGGAGCUCGACCUCAGUGCCAAUCACAUAAUGUCGCUCUCGGGCUUCGGCAUGACGAGAUUCAACAAGCUCGUCAACGUCGACCUGAGCUACAAUCAGCUGAGCGACCUGCCGUCCAAUCUGUUCAUGCGCUCGCCCCUGCUGAGCAGGCUCGAGCUGUCGGGCAACAAGCUGCGCCAGGUGCCCACGGCCAUGAUGAGCAGCGACAAGCUGCCCUCCCUCACCUGGCUCAACGUCAGCAGGAAUCCCCUCCAGCAGGUUUACGAGAUCGGCUUCGAGUCGAGCUAUCCGGGCCUCGAGGAGCUCCACAUCACCGGGACGAACCUGAGCCUGCUGACGAAUCAGGACUUUCUCGCCUUCCCGCAGCUGCUGCACCUCUUCAUGAGCGGCAACGCCAUCGCGAGGAUCCUGCCGGGCACGUUUCAGCCCCUGCCGAAGCUGCUCAGCCUCGAUCUGGGCUCCAACGACAUAGAGUUCCUACCCCCGGAUCGGCUCCGGGGUCUUCAGCAGCUGCGCCUGCUCAACUUGACUCGCAACAAGUUGCGCGAGCUCGACGAGUUCACCCAGGACCUGAAGAAUCUGCAGAUGCUCGACUUGUCGCGCAAUCAAAUCGGCCAGAUUCCCAAGACGGCCUUCCAGCAUCUGGAAAACUUGGCCGAGCUCUAUUUGAGGGGAAAUCGAAUAACCGUCGUCAAUCACGACGCGUUCAAGCCCCUGAAAAAACUGAGCUUCCUCGACAUCAGCGAUAAUUCUUUCACGAAUUUGCCGCUCAAUGCGCUCAAAACGCUGGAAACACGAAUUCGAACGUUACGAGCAGAAGAGAAUCCGCUAAGCUGCAGCUGCGAAUUACAAGAGCUAUGGGAAUGGCUACACGACCAUAGAAAGCUCAUCGGUGGUCAAUCGCGCAACCGCAUGGCCAGCGUCGGAAGAGUUUCCACGACGAGCAGCGGUAUAACCGCCGCCGCCGCCGCUGGCCUGCCCAACGAAGCAAAACAAAUACGCUGCGAUCAGCCGCUCGAACUUCGGGGUAUGAUCUUCCUUCAGUUGGAGACACGGACCUUUUGCUCGGCGCCGCUCAUACCCAAAUUAGCCAUUCAGGAUGUACAGCCUCACUCCGUCCUCGUUGCCUGGCAAAGCCGUAAUCACUCGGGCCUCUAUGGAUAUCAGAUCGCCUUUUACGCUCUGGAUAAUUCCGACGAGAUUCACAGCAAAAUGCUGAACCCGAGCGCGCGCUCGCUGCGGCUGCAGGGCCUCGUGUCGAACACGCGCUACCGCAUCUGCAUCCUCGGCCUGGGCUCCUGGAAUCACCCGGAGGACGAGCAGCAGCAGUACCACCGGAGCCGAUUCAACGGCUCGCACAACGAGGUCGUGAUGGAGCGCUCGCUGGCCCCGGACCUGUCGGACUCGCCGACGACCCGCUGCACCGACGCCCUGACCCUCGUGAUGCCCGACGCCGCCGUGGCCAGCAGCGACAGCUCGAGCCUCGGCAAGACCGAUCCCAGCAGCAGCACCAGCAGCGACGCCGCCGCGCCCAACGGCGCCAGCAACGUCCUCACCAGGCGACUCGGCCUCACCAUCGGCUGCUGCAUGGGCUUCAUCGUCUUUAUCCUGCUCAUCUCGGUGCUCGGCUAUCUCAAGGUGAAGAAACAGCGCGAGGCAGCCAAGCGAGAUCAGCAGGCGGUUCCACCGGAGUACAUAUCCUACAGGCAGUUCAGCCUGCAGAGCGGAGCGGCCGGCGCAGCGACGACGACGACUCUGACGACGAACAACACGACGCUGGACUCGCAGGGCAGACAGCUCCAGGCGACGGCCUCGGUCACCUCGAGCCUCGACGGCAGUCAAACGACGCAGCUGCAGCUGCACCAGCAGCAGCAGCAACAGCAGACCGCGCCGAGCUUCAUAACGACCGGCUGUCCCGGAGCUACGCACGGUAUAUAGCCAACGACCUACGUGUAAGGAGGGGCCACUGUUAUUGUUACACAGCCAGAUACACACGAGCGACGGCGACGGGCAACUUUUAUGCUCCGUACGCGUCGACAACCCCAAGACUUACAUAACAUUAUAGCCGGCCGGCCGCCCGAGAGCCAAGUGCUGGCAAUCCUACGUCGUAUUUAUGGUCUAUUGUGUACUUGGGUUAUUGAGCUUAUUAAAUAAGUAAUUCGACUUUGUGUUUACCAUUAACAUCCGGUAAUGAGGGCGCAUUGCAAUUAAUUCAUUCGGGAACAAAAAGCCAGCUCAGCACAGCUGCUACACUGCGCAUCCUCCGACGGACGAGCCUCGCCCGCGACGAGCCACAAAAAAUCCCUCGAAAGAUGAGACCAACUUGAUCUAUUGUAUAUUCAUUUAUCUAUUACUGUGUACUUUGGCGCCGGUCAAAUAUAGCCCAGCAAAUAGCGUUACAUAACGGGUGUACACAUGAUAGCCGGAGCGCGCCCUGAUUGACGUUAAUUAGAGUCCGCGUUGAAUUAAUAUGAAAAUGCGCACCACUCGGGCUCGCGCCGUGGUUAUGUAGAAACACAAUUAUAAAUAUAUAGAUAUGCAUAUAAUAUUGGCCGCGUCAGACGUAUGGCUCGUGUAACUCAUCGCCAGUCGCGCGCGCUCACUACAUCUAGGUAAUGCAAACUUUAGAAACUAUGCAUUUGUACAUAUACAUAGUAAAUGACGCAAUUAUCAAAGACUGCAUCAGUUUCUAUUUAUACUAUACGUGGCGCGCGCGUUGUACAUAUUAUAUACCUAUAUUAUAUUAUAUAUCAGGAUGGUGAUAUUGUUAGCGCGCGGCGCAGCAACUCUCCUAUAUACGCAUUUACAUGCAUACCUGUGCUGUAAAUAAAUGCACGUGUGGUGCGCUGCAUACGUAUUAAUUGCGUGCGAAAAGCACCACCACCCCCAAGUUCGAGCCCAAGUACACAAUGUAUUAUAGAUAGGGCACAUAUUUCUCUACACACUAACACAUACACACACACACACACAUUAGCGAUACCCUGACACAUAGAACGGAUAUUCAGGACUACACGUACAACCCAUGGAUACACAUUUAGACAAGUCGCAGGCCCCCCUUGCACUGCAGAUCGUUUUCACGUAUACAUACAUACGUGCGUGUAUAUAUUGUAACUGCACAAACGAAAUUAUAUAUAGUUAUAUAUACGUAUACGCGAUAUAGUUUUGGAAUAUAUGCGCGGCGGCACUGGUGCGCGCACAUAGUAGAUACCUACUAGGCGCGAGAGGACGUGUGACAGAGUGUAUAGGUAGGCGCGCGCGCGUUUACAUCAUCAGGCCAAUUUCAAUCAAUUUCUAUUAGUCAACGGGUAUGUGUGUGACGCGCCGUGUGUAUAUAGAUACUGUACGGUUGAUUCCGCCGACGCGAGGUCAAUUUUUUCAGUUCCAGCGUACGUGGCGUAAAAACAAGUUUACACAAAAAAAGCUUUGACAAUUUUACCAUUUCAUAAAAUAAACUUAGAAACCACCGAAGUGGGGCUGAAUAUUCAAAUUAAAGCACCGUGGAUAUC